AUGAUUUGCUCCAAGGACCUAGCGGAAGUAGAACUACGAAUCAUCAAAUCUGCACUCCUGAAUAACGGAUACCUGGAGCGUUUCAUCGAGAAUAACUUCGUAGAAAAGCCGACGCUGCAAAAGCCAAUCACGGUCAAAAAGAAAGAACUUUUCUUGCAGCUGCCGUUCAAAGGCGGUACGAGUGGUAAUCUUCUAAUAAGACGUUUAGACAAAGCGAUUGAACGAACCNCCAGCCGCUACACUGCGUGCGAUUUUUACAAGCCGGCCACAGCUCUGCACAGGCCUCAAGGAUAA